CUGCACCGCGGUUUUCUGCUACUUGAUGUUUUUUGAAUUGGCGUUAUGAUUCCUUAUGUAUAAGAUUCGAAGACACUUCCUUCGGCACGUCUUAGACGCAAAGUAAUCGACUUACUAAAAGUUUCAAUCGCUGCAUUUAGAUGAGUCGACAUAUAUUUUCUUUAUUUCGACGCAGUGCUUCGCGGCGUCUGAGAUGUUACAGCUGUGAAGCUUCAGUAAGCUCACGAUCAGCUACUCAGACGAGGCGUUCCGUCCCUGAUGAUGGUCUUGGCCUCGAUCAUUUUAUCGGUCAAACCAGGAGGGUUCGAUUACCGAAGAUCUCACCAACAACAGCAGAGACAACCUAUCUUGAUCCUGAGGACAUUUCUGGACUUGGUCGAAAAGUGAAGUAUGUGACCUAUGGUUGCCAGAUGAACGUAAACGAUAUGGAAGUUGUUCGAUCAAUUCUAAAAACGACUGAUUAUGUAGAAACCGAAGAAUUAUUGGAGGCCGAUGUAGUGGUUCUUAUAACUUGUUCUAUUCGUGAAGGAGCCGAAGACAAAGUUUGGCGCGAGUUAAAGCGGAUCAGACAUGUGGCACGGCGGAAGCCCGUCGUUGGAGUACUCGGUUGCAUGGCCGAAAGAGUUCGUCAUGGGUUACUGUCGAAGAAGGGCCUAGUCGAUGUGGUGGCAGGUCCUGAUGCCUACAGGGACCUCCCACGUCUGCUGGCUGUGGCUCGAGCGGGAUCCAGUGCCAUAAAUGUGCAGUUGUCUGUCGAGGAGACUUACGCUGAUGUGAAGCCCGUGAGAGUUGAUAGAAAUGCGAAAACUGCUUAUGUGUCAAUAAUGCGGGGAUGUGAUAAUAUGUGCACUUAUUGUGUAGUUCCUUUGACGAGAGGCAGGGAACGUAGCCGACCUAUAGACUCCAUCAUUGAUGAAGUGCGACGGCUUAGUGAUGAGGGCGUCAGGCAAGUGACUUUGCUUGGGCAGAAUGUCAACAGUUACCGCGAUAUGUCUGAGUCGACAUAUGUCGUAGAAAGAAGAGCAUCAACAACCACAGUUCCUGGCUUUUCAACUGUCUACAAACCAAAAAUUGGCGGUCAUACAUUUUUGACUUUGUUGGAUAAGAUCUCCGAAAUCGACCCGGAAAUGCGAGUUCGAUUUACAUCCCCACAUCCAAAAGAUUUCCCUGUAGAGGUGAUACAGCUUAUCAAGGAACGUCCGAAUAUAUGUAACCAGUUACACUUGCCUGCACAGAGCGGAGAUGACGAAACGCUGCAAAGAAUGGGGAGAGGUUAUACUCGCGAGCUAUACCUCCGACUGGUGGACGACAUCAGAAAAAUCGUUCCAGAUGUGAGCCUCACAUCAGACUUUAUCGCUGGUUUCUGUGGUGAAACCGAGGAAGCUCACCGAAGGACCCUUGAUUUGAUUCACACUGUCAAAUAUUCAUUCUGUUAUGUGUUCCCGUACAGUAUGAGAGAGAAAACACGUGCUCAUUACCGCUUGGUUGAUGAUGUGCCGGAGGACGUAAAAAGGCGGCGACAUGAGGAGUUGGCGUCAGCAUUCCGGCAAGAGUCGCUGGCAAUUCACCAGUCAUUGCUAGGGACUGAACAAUUAGUCCUCGUUGAAGGAACAUCAAAACGGUCACUGACUGCACUUCAAGGGCGGGCGGAUAAUGGUAUCAAAGUGAUUUUCGAAAAUACUGCUACGUAUGAACCAGGAGACUACGUUGUUGUGCGGAUAAAAAACUGCUCUUCACAAACUUUACAAGGAGAAGCACUGAGGAAGACCACAUUGAACGAUUUCCAUCGUUGAUCGCUCGCAUAGACUGCAUCCAUUUGAAUGUACUGUAAGCUGCCUUGACUGUUCCAUUACUGUUGCUCAUGUAACAUAUAAGCUAGUCAACUUGAGAAAGAAGAUGUACUUUUAGAUCUCUUGAUGGUAUUGUAAUAACACGUGGUAUCACAUCAUGCUUGAAAGGUUGUCAUAAUUAAAACAGUACAAAUAAAUAUGAAAAUGAGAUUU